AUGACCGGUCGAGGUAAUACAACAAUAUCUUCAGCUAAAAGCAAAGGUAAAGAAAAACAAUCGACACGUAGUGGUCGUGCUGGUCUCACGUUUCCUGUUGGUCGAGUACAUCGUUAUCUCAAACAAGGUUCUUAUGGAGAACGAAUUGGUGAAGGUGCACCAGUAUACUUGGCUGCUGUUCUGGAAUAUUUAACUGCUGAAAUUCUGGAAUUAGCUGGAAAUGCCGCUCGAGAUAAUGAAAAAAAACGUAUCAUACCUCGACAUCUACAAUUAGCUAUUCGAAAUGAUGAAGAAUUAAAUAGAUUACUCGACGGCGUAACUAUUGCACAAGGUGGUGUUUUGCCUAACAUUCGUUCGGAACUUUUACCAAAAAAAAAAAACGGUGAUGAUGAAAAUGCUGGUAGUAUGGAAUCACAACGUGGUACUCAAGGACGUCAACUGGUGGUGCAAUCAGGAGGAUCCACGGCUAGUAACGGUACAAAGAAAAAAAGUAUGCCACCCGUUAAAAAAAGUCUUGCUCCUUCAACAUCUCAAAAAAAAUCUAAUAAACCUAAACCAGUGCAACAACAAAAACCAUCACAACAACAACAACAAAAGAAUACUACGAGUAAUGAUGAUGACGAGGAUGAAGAUGAUGAUGAUGAAUCUGACGAUGAGGAUGGUGAUACGACUGGCAACGGUAAUACCGUAACUAGUUCAAGUGCUUUAGCUACCACAACUGCUAAUGAUACAACAGCUGAUGAAGAAGACGACGAUGAUGACGAUGAAGAUUGA